AUACAAAAUCAAUGUACAUCUGUCCACAAAGAAUGAAAACAACUGGUUGGAGUUUCGGCUGCUGCAAGCUGGCUGUUGUGAUUCUGUGUCAAUGUGAUGUUGAGUUUUGUAGAAAUUUAGCUUGUCUUGACGUUCAGAGCGAGUCUGAGAGACCAUGCUCACAAACGAGUGUUGCCCUCAAUGUGGACGAGAAGCAGAUUCCAGCCGUGUUCGUCUCGUAAGAGACUCAUGUGGCCACAAGAAAUGUCGAGAGUGUCUGUUGUCGGAUGAGGCUAGCUGUUUGUUAUGCUCUAGUUAUACUCCAGUGUACACAGAGCUAAAACCUGCUCAUGGCUGUCAGAGUAGGCCAAUCGAACCCGUUCUCUCUACGGCUCCCUCUGAAACAGUGCCUACCCCAAUUCUACUAACUCAAGAAAUUCCGACAACCCAGGAAGAUACCCUCACUUUGAGUCAGCCACCAGAUCACUGUACCAAUCCCAACACCCAAGAUUGUACUCAACCUGAAGAUGCAGAGGAAAAUACUGACGAUAGUUCCUCCAAGAAUUUUUCCGUCAAAAAACUACCAACAUUUGGUCUGAAAGAUCACAUUGUCUUCACUCCAGGGAAUCCUCCAAAGUAUACCUGUAAAAAGUGUGACAAGUCUUAUAAUAACAGAAAAGCAGCACGCUAUCAUAAUUAUUGUGGGGCAUCUAAUACAGAAAAGCCUCACACAUGUGAUGAAUGUGGACUAGGAUUUAUUACUAAAGGACAUUUAGUUUAUCAUAUUAAAUCUCACACAGGAUCUCUUCCAUUCACAUGUAGUACUUGUGGCAAAGGGUUCAAACAACAGUCAAAACUAAAUCGGCAUUACAAGUCCCAUGAAGCAUCUGAAAAACCUUUUAAAUGUGACAAGUGUGAAAAAGCUUUCAGUACUAAACAAAUUCUGAAAGAUCAUAUGCUUUCUCAUGCACAAGGUCAUUUUGUGACCUGCCCAAUAUGCUCGAAGAAACUAAGCAGUCAGUCAUGUCUUCGUAAACACAAAAAGCUACAUGCAGAUCCUAUUCAUAAGUGUAAGGAUUGUGGUAAAAAGUUUCCUGUUAAAUGGAGCCUCGAUGUACAUCAGAAAACACAUCAAAGGGAACGCAAGUUUAAGUGCAAAGAGUGCCCCAAAGCUUUCAAGAUACUCAGUGAUCUUAAACGGCAUGGUUUUGUACAUCAAGAAGAUGGAGAGUGGGAAUGUAAAACAUGUCAGCUUAUCUUUAGGAGGAGAGAUAAUCUUGUUCGACAUCUGAAAAAUAUACACCCAGAGGUUCCUGUAAAUGAGUCAAUGAGGCAGCGUAAUGGAAAAGAUGAUGAUGAUGAUGAGGAUGAGCCUGAUAAAUCUGAAGAAAGCUGUGCUAUGAGUUCUACAGCAUUUUCUCAUGCUGUUAGUGUGAUUCGAGCUGUACCAGUCAUUCAGAAGGCUAAGGCUAGAUCCUUUAUUACUCAGGAGACUGAAUUGGUCGCUCACAAUAGACUUGAUGUUAAUGCUGUCCAAUCAACACAACAGACAAGGCAGAAUUUCCAACGUCAAAGUGUUGUUUGUCAUUCUGAUUCUAGGGGUGUUGUGCGUCAUGGAAGUGCUUCCUGUGAAAGUACCUAUAGAAUGGAUGAUUGUACACCAAGAAAUUAUGAAUCAUCUGUUGAGGUGUCCCAACCUCCAGCCUCAAGGGGAAGCUCAACUGUUGAUUGUGACGACUCAGUGGUUCAAAACAAUGUUAUUCAAAGACCAAGAGUUAUAGUAGCUAUGGACAACUAACUGUGAUAUUAUUAAAUACCCUUAACACAAAAUAUUUAAAGUUGUGAUUUUACACAUUAGAUCUUUACUGUUCUAUUUUAUGGUCAUUAUAAUGAUUUGAAAUGUUUGUUUUGUAAAGUGAAUUUUAAUAGGUAAAUUGAUUUUGACGUACAACUUUGUUUAAUAGGAAAAAAUAUAUGUCUUCGAUAACCACAGAUAUAAACUCAGAGAAAAAAUAAAUGAAAUUAGAAAGUGAAA